AUGGCUCUGCAAAGAUACUUCCUCCAAGUCGCAAACCAAUAUGUAACUAAAUUCCAUAUCCUUCAAUCAAACAUAAGGCCGUCUUAUUGCCAGCUACAUCAUCAGUACAGCAGCAAGGCUACCAGAAAAUACACAGACAGACAUGAAUGGGUGACUGUAGAAGCGGAAAUUGGAACAGUUGGAAUAAGCAAUUAUGCUCAAGAAUCUCUUGGUGAUGUGGUCUUCGCACAGUUACCAGACCCUGGGUCAUUAAUAAUAGCUGGUGAGGAAUGUGGUGCCUUGGAGAGUGUCAAAGCAGCUAGUGAGAUUUAUUCUCCAGUCAGUGGCACAGUGACAGAGAAGAACAGCAAUGUGGAGAAUAAACCUGCUCUUAUUAACACAUCAUGUUAUGAUAAGGGUUGGCUGUUCAAACUUAAGUUGACGAAACCAGAAGAAUUGAAAGACCUAAUGACUGAAGAACAGUACGAAACAUUUCUAAAGACUGAUGUAGAAAAGGAGAAGGACACAUAAAUAUUUAUUUGUUGUAAUUGUUAUACUGUUAGAAUUAAAAUUAGAUUAGAUUAAAUUAAAUUGCAGUUUGAUCAUAUUGCUUUGUGAGUAAUUGAUCAUCAUAGCAUCAAACAUAAAUUGUCAGCAUAUAUUGGGAUGGAAGAAUUCAAUUCUUACACAAAUUUGUACCAUACAAACAAUGUACAAAUAUAGAUUGUUAACCAUAUUAUUAUGUUUAUUACAUCCCUCAUUUCUGUUAGCAUUACUAUUAGUUUCUCUUUAUG